AUGCUCGAUCAGAUCGACACGGCUGCUUCUAAUGCUUUCGUCGACGACAGUGACAGCGACGACGAUAACGAUGGUAACAAAAAGAAAGAAGGGAUCCAUGCAGACAGUGAGCCCACAACGCCUGUGCCCGCAUGUUUCAGUCCUCAACAAGAACUGACAAAGAUGGAGAAACGUCGCAUUGAAUUGCCAGCAGACAAUAACAUGGCGGACUAUGUGACACCACCCACACCUGGUACACCGCCACCAUCCGAUCCAGCGUACAGUGAGCAGCUUCGACGGGAUUCAUCGACAUCACCACCAGCACCGGCAACACCGACUGAAUCGGAGGGCCCCGUCAUCAAGGCAAAUACGCUAAGUCCACGUGAGCAAGAGAAAGAAGAUCAAGCUAUGCUGGAAGGCAUGGAAGCGUUUUUCAAUAAUCGAUUCGCAGAGGCUGAAACUGCCUUUCGCUUUAAGGCUGACGAGGAUCCACUGUAUUCACUAGGCUUGGGUUCUAUGGCAUUUAUUAAGGCGCUUUCGGCUAUUGCACAACUGACGGCAACGUAUGAAUUCGCAAAUGGUCAGAUCAUGGCAGCUUCUGCCAAGAAGCCGCUAAAGGACACCGUGUCACACUAUUUCACCAAUUUGAUGGGCAGCAACAACACGGGUCUUCCUACCAACACCCCGCCAUUGCCCUCAGAAACACUCAAGGGUCGUCCGCUGUUUAUUCCCAACGGUGCACUUCGUGCCCAUGUCGUCAAGGCAGAAUGCUGUCUGCUUAUGGCUAUGCUGUACCUGACUCAGGAGACCGUUGUUGGAUACCUGAAAAGCGGAUUGAAUUUAAGGCGAGCAUACAACAGUUAUAGCUUGGUAUGGCAAGAGUAUAAGCGCAUGGGCCAAGAAUUCAACCGAUACAUGGACAAGGAUACAAUCUCGGCUAUCCAGUUUGGCAUCGGGUCCGUGCACAUUCUGCUAUCCUCCUUACCCGCCAAAAUCUUAAAAAUUGUGUCAGCGUUCGGAUGGAAAGCUGACAAGCAUCUGGGAUUUGCGUUGCUUAAGCUUUGCAUGGAUGGACAGCGGAUUCGGUCACCCCUUGCUUCCAUGAUGCUGCUCUCUUACUAUGUCACGCUCAUGUCGUAUUGUCCACAAGUGCUGACACGUGACUUGCUUGAGUCAUCCAUCGAGAUUCUGUUGAAUGCACAACAAAUGUUCCCCAACUCGGCUUUAUUCCUUUACUACGCUGGACGCAUUUCUCGGUUAUCGCGCAACAUCCCCUUAUCAACCCAGUCGUUCAUGUACACGUAUCAAGUCAGCCAGGGUGCUGCAUGGGCAGAGCAUGGCAUGGGCUAUCUGGCGACGCACGAAACGGCGUUCAAUUGUGUGAUCGAGCUGGACUGGGCCAUUGCAGCGUUACGUACCAUGGAACUCCAAGGCAAGCACGGCUCACCAGCUUUCAACAAGUACUUUUACGGCGCAUGUAUGGAAAUGCUGGGUAACCGUAGCGAGGCCAUCUUGGCCUUUGCUGAGGCUACCACGUUAUGCACAACCCACAAAAAGAAGCGAACCCAGAUUGAGCAGUUUGUGGAGCAUCGUAUCAAGUUUUUCGAAAAGAGCGGUUACCAGGACAUGGACUAUGUAUUACCCGGAUUGGAGAUAUGUUACUUGUGGAACAUAUUUUCGUGCAUGCAACCACCGCGUUUGGAGGCAUGCCUGGAGCAGGUCGAGACGACGCUGGGCGUAAUCUACAAGCGUGAAAAGAAAGAGUAUGAGGUGCGCACACUAGAGUUGAUGCCGGAUCUGCCACCACCGAACUACUAUGAUCAGCGUGCAAUCCUGUUGCUGAUCAAGGCACAUAUCCUCAACUGUCUGGGUCAGAGCGCUGACGCGAUUGCUCACUUGAACUGGAUCGUGGAUCACAAGGGUCGUAUCACGUACUCGAAAUGGGUAUUGCCCUAUGCGUACUGGGAAUCAGGCGUUGUUUCGUGGUACAUGGGAGAGUUGAAACGGGCACGGGCCUUGUGGACAAGUGCAUUGACCUAUUCCGGAUAUGACUUUGAGUACAGAUUGGCCAUUCAAGCGAAUUUGGCGAUCAAUCAUGCCACCGAGAUCGGCGUUCCUGAAACACCUUCGCCUAAAAUGACCAGCAACCAGACUACGAAUAACGGUCGAAAACGUUUGCCACUGGCUAAUCCUAACCCGAUUCACGCGGCUGCUGCGGCUGCCCAGGGUUAA